ACAAAGUGGACACUUGUAAGUUGUGAGUUGAAUCUUCUCCUUGUCUCACCCUUUUGCGUGUGUGUUGUGUGUGGCCACUAAUGUAGCAACAAAAAAAAAACAGAGCACGUUGGCAGGGAAGAGCCCAGACACGAAGAGAGGGAGAGAUCUUAUCCAUGGCUGCUAUUACUAGUCUCCAAGCAAUCCAUCUCAAACUCGGGAGACGUGGCAGCAUCCGUUGCGGGAUCGCAGAGCCGAGCGGAGUACCAGCUCCGGUAGGGCAGAAGACUAGAUACAAAGAUGGUUUGGCGGAGAGAGUGUUCAUGGGGCUGUUCGCGAGGAAGAUGGACAAGUUUGGUGGCUCGAAGAAGAAGAAGAAGAAGGAUGAGACGAAGGAGAAAGAGUUUUGGGAAUACGACUACGAGAGCUUCGUUGAGGUUUCAAAGGGAGUGAUGCAAGGACGAUCAAGGGCACAGCAGCAAGAGGUUGUGAGAGAGGUUCUUCUCUCGAUGCUUCCUCCCGGCGCUCCUGAACAGUUUAGAAAACUCUUCCCACCGACGAAAUGGGCAGCAGAGUUCAAUGCAGCUCUUACGGUGCCUUUCUUUCACUGGCUGGUUGGUCCUUCUCAGGUCAUAGAAGUGGAAGUGAAUGGUGUGAAACAGAGAAGUGGAGUUCGUAUAAAGAAAUGCAGGUAUCUAGAGAACAGUGGGUGUGUAGGAAUGUGUGUGAAUAUGUGCAAGAUCCCAACACAAGAUUUCUUCACCAAUGAGUUUGGUCUCCCACUCACCAUGAACCCAAAUUUUGAAGAUAUGAGUUGCGAGAUGAUAUACGGACAAGUGCCUCCUACAUUUGAAGAAGAUCCAGCCACAAAACAACCUUGUUUAGCAGACAUAUGUUCUAUAGCCAAUCCGAGCUCCCCAGUCUGUCCUAAACUACAAGCAUGAACACCAUUGGAUCAGCUAGAUGUGCUAUUUCCAAAGAUAUACAUUUACAUACUUUUUCACAAACAUACACAGAAAAGUCACAAUAUUGUAGAGAUUUGAUACUGGUUAGUAUUAUUAUGUGUUUCUAUUCUGGUUGAGUUGUGAAAGUAUCCGAUAAUACAGACACUUGACCUUACUCA